CUUUGCACUCUCCCAAAUCCACACCUCUCCUCUCUCUCUCUCACAUCCAUCCAUCUUCUCCCAAUCUCAUCUAUGAGGAUCCGGAGGAGACCUCCCCUCCCCUCCCUCUCCUCCCCUGCUCCUCCUCUUCAGACCCCAGAUCCAUCUCUCUUUCACCCCCAACCACCACAUAAAGGAGAGGCAACGAAAGAGAAGGGAGUUGGGGAAGAGGGAGAAGGUGAAGGGUUGCACCAAGAUGGGGAUCUGCAAAUAGAAUCCCAUGGGUGGGGGAUGGAUCCCAUUAAUGGGGAUCCAGCCCCCUCUGGCGCCGGUCAUCCAACCACAGGAAGGAGACAAGAACGGAGCACCCCACCCUUCUUUGCUUCCCCACAUCCCACCCUCAACCAUGGCCAGGUCCUGAAGGAGGUCAAGAAGCAAGAGGAGAUGGUGGAUUCCAGCAAGAGAUGGAAUGCCCAAGUUAAUAGUGACAAGAGGAUUGGGAGCAGCUCGAGUGCACCGGUCUCGGAGGAGUCGAAGCUUGGGGAGACGGCGUUCCUGCCGAAGAAGCGGAGAGGAGGACAUGAUGAUGAUGACAAUGGAGAUGGGAGAUCACAAGAGAAGCCAGUGGAUAAAGAGAAGACGGCGAAGCCGAAGGCAAGGGCAAAGGCUAGCAGUCAAGUGGAGAAUAAUUGCACUAGUGCUAAUGGUGGUGAUACCAAGGGAAGUGAUGGUGUUCUUGUGAAUGGGAACAUUGGAUCUAAUGGGAAGAAGCGGCGGAGCCCGGCGGUGCUGAUGGAGGGAUCGAGGUGCAGCCGGGUCAAUGGUAGGGGGUGGCGGUGCAGCCAGCAGACGCUUGUCGGAUACUCUCUCUGCGAGCACCAUCUGGGGAAGGGGAGGCUGAGGAGCAUGAGCAGUGUGCGAGGUCAAGGCAGUGGUAACAAGCCCAAGAAGAGCACUGAGGGAGGAGGAGAUGGGGUUCUACCUUUGUCUUUUACGACGCAAGAGGAUGAGAAGAAUGCAAGGGAUAAGCAGCCUUUGGGAGGUGAUAACGAAGCGGAGGAUAUGGAGGAGAAGCAGGAAAAGAAGAAGAGGAAGAAGAUUGGGAUGGUGAAGGCUCGAACCAUCAGCAGUUUGCUCGAUGAGACCAACCAUUCAGUGCCAUUGACACCGUCACCGUCGUCAGCACCACCACCGCCACUGGAGCCAGCAUCAGUGCAAUCACACAAUCGGAGUGAAACCAUUGUAUGAGAUGGAGCAAUGGGAACCACUCUACUUGUUCUUCCUUUUUGUAGCCAAAUGGGAAAUGGUAGAAAGCAGGUGCUGGUGGUAUUCUGGUGCUAGAGUAUGAAUGUGCAGCAUCUUAUGUUGAGGUUUUGGUUAUUUUGUUCUUGUGAGAGAGAAGAAGCCUGUUUGGUUUUUUGUAUGUGGGAUUCUAAUGUGGCUUGUGAAUGAUUGUGUAGUUUA